AUGAUCUGCAUUAAGAUUCAACAUUUUAAUCUCAAUCGGAUCCUCCUUCUUGCAAUCGGCUUAUGGCCAUAUCAAAAAUCAAAAUUUCGUCUACUUCAGACAACUUUGUGUUUUAGUAUUUUGACAAGUUUUAUUAUAUUUCAGUUUACAGCGUUUAUAACUACAAAAUGCACUAUUGACUUUAUCAUCAAAACUUUCUGUACUGUAGUGUUCUAUGUUUUCUGCACAAUUAAUUACAGUAUGUUCUGGAUUAACACUCAUAAUGUAAGAAAUUUGUUGGAACAAUUACAGUAUAUCAUCAAUGAACUAAAAGAUGAAAACGAACUGGCUAUCAUUAAAAUGUGUGGAAAUAACACAAAACUUUGUACAUCUAUAAGUAUAUUGUUUGCCAUAUGCAUCUUAUUCGCUGGUAUUUUAAUACUAAUUUGGCCAGAGAUCCUCCAUACUGUUCGUCACAUAAACGAGUCUCGAAUACAGAAUCUAGCAAUACAUGUCACGACUGAAUACUUUAUCGAUGAAGAGAAAUAUUUUUAUUUAAAUCUCUUGCACAUAAACGCAGUGUUUUGUAUUAUGGCAAUUACGUUAACAGCGACGGGAACAAUGCUCUUAGGUUACGCAAUACAUGCUUGUGGAUUGUUUAAAAUUGCAAGUUACCGUAUGAAACAAGUAACGUCGACGGAAAUGCUUCAAAAUAUUAAUCUGAAUAAUAGGACUAUAAUAUAUAACAAAAUUUUGUACGCCGUCGAAAUUCAUCGCAAGGCGAUGAAGUUCAUUAAUCUUAUAUUAACUAGUUUUCAAGGCUCUUUCUUGUUGAUAUUAGCGAUAAUUGUAAUAACUCUGAGCUUGAAUAUAUUUGCAAUGUACCGGAAUGCACUGCACGGAAAUAAGGAUACUGCUUUAUUAUACAUUAUAAGUAUAUCUAUCAUUACUAUAUAUUCGUUUAUAAUUAACUAUGUCGGAGAAUUGCUUCUCAAUCAUAGUAAUUACGUAUAUUCCACCAUAUACAAUAGUCGAUGGUAUGUGGCACCAUUACACGUACAGAAAAUGAUACUUUUUAUUUUGCAAAGAGGCAAUCAAUCGUCUCAUUUAAAUAUUGCCGGAUUGUUUGUACCAUCACUAGAAAAUUUUGCUAAAAUAACAAAAGCAUCAAUGUCUUAUUUCACUGUUUUAUAUUCUACGCAGCAAUGAUACGAAGA